AUUUGAUAAUCACCAGGACUCUUGUUUUUAAUAAAUUUUCUUUUUUUCCUCCCUUUUAUUCUUUUUUCCAUACAAUGGCAGUUACGGGUCGCUUGGCUGAUAUUGCACAAAAGUCUGCUGUUCUUUUCCUCGCAGGAACUACAGGUACCUCCCCCAACACUACACACUCUUAUACUACGGCUUAACACUUUCAUAGUUUAUUACAUGGUCAAUGUGGGUAUGCUUGUAAACCGUCGAAUGGAGUUAAAGAAGCAAGGCAAGCUUCAUGAGGAACUCGGUCGUCUCAAUGAUAUUUUGGAGGCACAAACCGCCAGCAAUAAAAGUCUUCAUGCUGAAACAUCCACUACACCUACACCUUUCCCUGAUGCAGGAAGACCCGGACAAGUGAAAGAGCUUUAAUUUUCUUUUUUUUUUUGUACACAACAUUUUCAUUAUUCUUUAAUUAAACAAGGGUUUAUAUGUAUAUACAUUUGUAUACACACACACACACACAUACACAUACACACACACACACUCAGUUUUAUGGAUGGUCAUUAUGAAUCUCGGACAAAGCCU